UCCACGACAGCGAUAGGUGUGUUGGAAUCAGAUAUUUGAGAAAAUACAAUUAAAAGAAAAAAAAAGUAAAAAUCAACUACAAAAACAAAAUUAAAAAAAAAAAAAACACAAUAAAAAUAUUUUACAUUUUUCUGCUAAUGAAAAGUUUUUUUUUGUGUAAAUGUUGCUGCUGCUGCUACCAAAAUAAAAAUGGCGGCGUAUUAAGAAUGUAAUUUUUUCUGUGUGGAUAAAUUUUCAAUAUUGAUAAAAUUCAUUAAAAACUAAAAGAAAAAUUAAAAAAAUUAUAUUCUUUAAGACAUAAAAAUUUUACCAAAUUGUGACAAAAAUAAAGUUUUUUUUUUUUGAAUAAUUAUAUUUUAUAUGAGAGUAGUUUAUAAAGAGAUUAAGAAAAAAUAAAAGUGAUCAUUUGGUUUAAAAAAUAACUUUUGGUACGCAAUAAACUAAAGGCAAAGGCAAAUUCAAAGUUUUGUUUGAAUAUAUGAAAUAGACUUUGAUUUUUUAUUAAAAGUUGUUCAUUGUAUCAUAAGAUUUCAACGAUUACAAAUUACAAUAAAAUAUUAAUAGAAGAUUAAAAGUAACACAUGCUUGGUUAUUCAGAGAAAAUUGUCAUUGAAUUUGUAUUAAAAAGGUCUUUAAUUCAAACUCUUUUAUUAACUAAGUGUAAUAAAAAAAAAGCAAUUUUAAAAUGAUUACGUUAAUGUUAGACAGUUUGUAAGGAAAAGGAAAAAAAAAUAUUAAUUUAAAAAACGAGAGACCCAUCAAAAAAGAAAUUUGAAACUAAAUCAAAAAUAAUAUCAAAAAUUACUUAAAAUUUCAUCAGAAAUUUUCAUAAAAAACAAAAAGUAGAAAAUAAAUUUAUUUAAGGAAAAAUGUGUGCUGCACAAAGUAAUGCGCCAACUAGUUUUGGUUAUACAUGGGGAUUUGCUGACAACUCUAGGAAUGAAAGUGUCGUCGAAAUAUCACCAAAUAUAAAUUAUACAGUUAGUGAAGCGAUGCCAUAUUUACUAACAGAUGGAUCAUUAACGGUUCAAAAAGAUGUCAAGGGUACCAUUACACAUACAAAUAAAGGUGGCGUGGUACGACGAAUGAUUGUUGUAAAUGAACCUUUUCCAGCUGGAACACAAAGAUUAAUAACAACAGCUGGAGGUAUUGCAACUGUUAUUGAUAAAAAACAAGAACCACAAUUAUUCAGCAUUAGUUGCGAUAAAAAUUAUCAAUCAGAUCAAUCUCAUUCUUUAGCAAAUGGAAUAAUUGAUACUAAAACUCAAACAUUAUUCACUACAACAACUGCAGCUGGUGGCAAAACACAUUUCAGUCCGAUAGGGCCAUUACAUUUAACGGCAGAAGAAUGUAACGAAAUUUUAAUGAAAAGAGCAAUCGCUGCAUCCGCACAAAAUCAUACAGCAACAAUAACAACUACUGAUGGUCAAAAUGAUUUUAUUCCAGUUGAUGAUAUAUUGCCGGGUAUAUCAGUUCAAGUUCAAAAAGUUAUUCAAGGUCUUGAAGAUACUGAAGACUCUCAACAAACAUCAUCAACACAUUGCAAAUUGGAGCCAGUUUUGGAAAUUUCACCAAAAACUGAAGUUCAAGAAGUUAUACAAUUCGAAGAGAACGAUCAAUCCCAAACUGAUCCACAAUCUGGUCAAGUAGUCAAAGAAAGACCAUAUUCUUGUGAAGAAUGCGGAAAAUCAUUUUUAUUGAAACAUCAUUUGACUACUCAUGUUCGCGUUCAUACAGGUGAGAGACCUCACGUUUGUGUCCAUUGUGGCAAACGCUUUGCUCAUAAGCAUUGUUUAAAUACGCAUUUACUGUUACAUUCAACGGAUCGGCCAUAUCAAUGCAGUGAAUGCAAGAAAAGUUUUACAUUAAAACACCAUUUAUUGACUCACUCCAGAGUGCACAGUAGAGAUCGUCCCUUUGUUUGCCAAGAAUGUGGUAGAUCAUUUCCCUUAAAAAGACAUUUGGUAACACAUAGUAAAUUUCAUGCUGGGGAACGUCCUUAUGUUUGCGAGGAAUGUGGUGAAAGUUUUGCGCAAGAAAAUCAUCUAAUUAUGCAUUCAAGAUUUCAUGGAUCACUCAACCCUUUUGUUUGUGGAGAUUGUGGUGCUACAUUCCCUAGAAAAUUUCAACUUGUAAAUCACGGUCGAAUACACGGAAAAGUUCCUCAUUCUUGUACUGUUUGUGGAAAGGAAUUUUUACAAAAAAGAACUUUAGUGUCACAUAUGAGAAUUCAUACUGGUGAUCAACCAUAUCCUUGUACUGGAUGUGGUGAUGGUUUCCAAACAAAAGCUGAAUUAAAUCAACAUAUACGUCUCGUUCACGGAGGAAUUAAUCCAAAUUCAGCUAAUACAACAGUAGUAACUACCAAUGCCAUUGUUUCAACAUCCCAGCCACAGCAAAUCCAAGUUAUAAACGUUCAUGAUUUCAAAAAAGAGACUGAAGAUUACAACACGAUAGAAUAUGAAAAAGUUCAACAGCAAAACCAACAGCAACAACAAGCACAGCAGCAACAGCAACAACAACAACAACAGCAGCAGCAACAACAACAGCAACAACAGCAGCAGCAGCAACAAAUCCAACAGCAACAACAACAGCAGCAGCAACAACAACAGCAACAACAACAACAGCAACAGCAGCAACAACAACAACAGCAGCAACAACAACCCCAGACAAUAACCGUUGUAACAAAUCAAAAUAAUCAAUUACAAGUUGUUGCUGCAACCCCUGACAAUAAUGGAACAUCAAGACCCCAGUAUGCAUGCAGGCAAGUUACAAUUAAUUUUCUUCCAAUUAACAGUGAGUGCGGGAGUGCAUUUAAUAGCAGAGAGGCAUUGGCGUUGCAUUUGCGAUUGCACACCGGUGAUAAAUCUUUGAUGACAGACUUAUGUGCGUUAACAGCAGCUUUACCAGGUCAUUUCUUAAAUACAACGAAUCUUAAUCAAGUUGUUGCAACAAAUCAAGUGGGAAAUGCUGUUCCAGUUCAGAUAAUAUCUUCUACUGGACAAGUAAUAAGUCAAGUUGCACAAGUUGUUACAACAUCACCCCAGCAAACACAUCAGCAGCAACAAGCAGCACAGCAACAACAGCAACAAGCGCAACAACAACAACAGCAACAACAAGCUCAGCAACAACAGCAAGCACAGCAACAACAACAGCAACAAGCUCAACAACAACAACAAGCGCAACAACAAGCACAACAAACACAGCAACAACAAGCUCAGCAGCAACAACAGGCUCAAGGACAACAAACUGUUGUUGUUACUUCUGGAGGGCAUCACGCACCGAAACCAAAAACUCAUUUUUGCACAAGCUGUGGCAAAGGCUUUGCGUCGAAACAUGGUUUAUUACAGCAUAAUAGACGUCAUCCAAAUGGAGGUUGUACAAUUCGAACGCAUGUUUGCGAGUGUGGCAAAGCGUUCUUCCAGAAAAAUCAUUUAAUGUUACAUCAAAGACAACAUUUAGAAACAAAACCGGCUAUUACACAGCAGAUUUCUCAAGAUGGUCAACAACAGGAAACCUUACAACAACAAACAAUAACACAACAGAAUGGUCAACAACAACAACAACAUUUAACAACAAGGGAAGUUUUAAUAGGUAAUCAACCUGUUCAUGUGCAAGUUUUACAGGGUACCAAUACUGCUCAAGUAAUUAAAUACGAAAUUAACAUACCUCAGGAAGGGCAAGCAAUUGAGUGAGGACAGGGUCAGCAUGCAUUUUUAAGAAUUAAAAAUGCAAAUGGCACCGAAGACCUCAGGAAAGUUUUAAUAAUUAAUAAAAAUAACGACAUUAGUAUUUAAGAGAAUUUUAAUUGAUUAUAUUUAUAUUAUUAAUGACAAAUCUUAAAAUAAACAAUAUGUUAUUUAUUGAUUAAAUUGCUGAGGUAAUAUAAAGUAACACAAUUUAAAUAUGAAAAUUGCAAAUCAGUACAUAUUAUAUUUCACGGAUACGACUAAAAAUGAGAAAAACUUAAACUAUUUUUCGUAAGUAGCUUUUAAUUAUUGAAAAGUAUAAAUUAUUAGAAUUACCUACCUACUUUAAAUGAUAAUAUUAAUUACAAACUAUGAUGUAAGUUGAAUAGUAUAAAAUACGUUUAUUUUUUUAUUGAACUACCAAAAUUUUUAUACAAAAAAAAUUAAAAAGAAAAAAAAAACAUUAAGAAAGAAUUAAAAUAAAUUGAAAAAUACAUUAAAAUGUAAAUUUAUAUGCAUUAAUAUCGUACAACAAAAUGUACGCAUGUAGAGUAGCAAGAUCACAUAAAUAAAUGUAUAUAUAUGAUAGAUAUUUAAUAUAAAUAAUAAUCAUUAUUGUUAAAGGGAAUAUAAUAAAUUUAUGAAAAUAUUUGAUUUUGCAUUUGUAUAUAUACAUAAAAUAAUUUUAAUUUUAUGAUUAUAAUAUAAUAUUUUAAAAAUUUAAAAUUAACACAAUUUUCUUUUUCUUAAAUAAUAAAAUAAUUUUUAUUGGUGUAAAGUUUACAAAAUGAAAAUAUAUAUGUUAAUUUAUUUAUGCAUAUAAAGUAUAUAAUAAUUAUGUGUAGGAAGGUUUAUCAUAAUUCAAAAUAAUAAAUUGUUCUAAUACAAAAUAAUAUGAUAAAAUUUGUUUAAUUAAUCAUUAAAGUUUAUUAUUUCUAAUGUAAUAAAAUUGAAACCUGAACAAAUAAGAAAAAAAUAUAUAAUAAUCUAUUAAUUUCUUAAAAUAAUUUUUAAUUUAAAAAGCUAAAGUUAAAUUGAGUGAGUUAACACAAAAGUAACACAAAAUUCGUCUAUCGUAUUAGACUUAAUUUCCUUUCGUAUUAUAUAAAACGAAUAUUGAUCGCUUAAGAAACGCAAAAAUAUUUCGUUUCUAUAUUAAUAAUUUAAACUAAAAUUCUUCAGAUUAAAAUGUUAGUAUUAUUAAUUAUGUUGUUUUGUUGAGGUUUUAUGAAAUUGAUGAAGAAAGUGUUCAUUGUGAAAAGAUUUCGAAUUUUAAUUAGUGUUUCAGUACUUACACUAGUAUUUCUGAAAAUAUUGAUCCCAGUCUUACAUAAUACGUGCAAAACAUAAACCUAAUUAUAUACAAUAAGUGUCUGUUAAUAUUAUACAUAGUUAAAUAUGUAUAAUAUUAUAUUUUCAAGGGAAAAAAAGAAAAUCAUUAGUUUUUCGCAAAUUCUUAUUUUAGAAAUUGUAAUAGAGACAACAAACUUUAUUUACAUUAAUUUUAUUUUAUAUGAUUAAUAAAUUUAGUGUAUAUAUGUACAUAUAAGAGUUUAAUAAAAUAACAAAAGAAAACAAAUAUGUAAAUGUUUUUUUUUAUACUUAACAAAUCAAUUGCAUCGUUCUAUAGUUGUUUAGAUUGAACAAUUAAUUUAAAAAUUUAUCUUAAUAAAAAGUAAACGAAAGCAAAGUUAAAAAAAUUUAGUAAUAAAAUAAAGCAAGGAAUUAGAGUAACACCAGUAAAGGACAAUUAUCAAAAAAAGAUAAUUGUUUGGCAAAUCAUUGUUAAAUAAAAUGAAGUGGUUUGCUAUAUGUGUCUAAUAAAUAAUACAAAUUAUUUUGAUGAUGUAAAAUAUAAUAUGAAAAAGUUUUAUAAGUUAAGAAAUAUAUAAGUUUGAUUUAAAAAGUAAGGUAUAUAUAAAUGUACUAAAACUAUACAUAAUAUAUAAAUAUGUAUGCAUAUAAUAUUACUUUAUAAGUAUAGAAAUAACUUAUAAGAAAAUAAAAUUUACAAAACAAUAAUUAUUGGAAGGCAAUAUUGUAAGAAAAUAUUGUUCAUUUAAGAGUGAAGAAAAAUAUGGACACUAUAUUGAUUUUUAAUGUUAUUUAGUGA